AUGCUUCCCAACGGCACCUUCAAGAAUCUAAACAUAGAAGACGGUUUAUUUCUGAUGAAUUCCUCCGGUAACGAAACACACAGCGAUUCGCAUGGAAGCGCAAUACUCAUCUCCUUCAUUUAUUCCGUUGUGUGUUUGGUCGGACUUUGUGGAAACUCUAUGGUCAUUUAUGUUAUAUUCAGAUAUGCGAAAAUGAAGACUGCAACGAACAUUUAUAUUCUUAACUUGGCGAUUGCGGACGAGUUACUUAUGUUGAGUGUGCCCUUCUUGGUGACAUCUUCGCUACUUCAUCACUGGCCGUUUGGUUCCCUGUUAUGCCGUCUUGUUUUAAGUGUUGAUGCGAUUAAUAUGUUUACAAGUAUUUAUUGCCUAACUGUGUUAAGUAUUGACCGAUACAUCGCUGUGGUGCAUCCCAUCAAAGCUGCCCGAUACCGGAGACCCACAAUUGCUAAAAUGGUCAACUUGGGGGUUUGGAUGUUCUCUAUCUUGGUCAUAUUGCCCAUCAUCAUAUUCUCCACCACAGCACCAAACUCGGACGGCUCAGUCGCCUGUAACAUGCAGAUGCCUGAGCCGGAAAGGCGGUGGAUGGCUGUGUUUGUUAUAUAUGCCUUUCUAAUGGGGUUUCUCUUCCCUGUCAUUGCCAUAUUAAUGUGCUACAUUCUUAUCAUAGUAAAGAUGAGAGUUGUGGCGCUGAAAGCAGGUUGGCAACAACGCAAAAAAUCAGAGCGAAAGAUCACCCUUAUGGUUAUGAUGGUAGUGACUGUGUUCGUUAUCUGCUGGAUGCCUUUUCAUAUCGUUCAGCUUGUUAACGUCUUUGUACAGCAACAUAACGCAACUCUAAGCCAGCUGGCUGUAAUUUUGGGGUAUGCCAACAGCUGCGCCAACCCCAUACUGUACGGAUUCCUAUCCGACAAUUUCAAACGCUCCUUCCAAAGGAUUUUAUGCCUACGCUGGAUGGACAAUGCGACGGAGGAGCCUAUCGAUUACUACGCUACGGCUCUUAAAAGCCGUGGAUAUAGUGUGGACGAUUUUCAACCGGACAAUAUGGAAUCGGAUAGCACUUACAGAAACGGCACCUGUACCUCGCGAACCACAACACUGUAG